CGAAGCAUCCAAGAGCAAACGAUGUGUUGGUAAUUUUGCACAGAUUUGUGAAGAACAGCGUCAAGUGAACUAUGGUAAGAUGAAGUCUGACAAAUGGACGAAACAUUCGUACCUACGAGCGGACAGUCGGAUCGUGGAGGUCGGGGGGUACACGGGGGUCGACGCAGGCAGGUACAUUAAUUUGGCAAACUCUUACUUCACAGUGCUAGAACCAGUACCAGAAUACUUUAAUGUACUGAAAAAGAAAUUUUCAUCAAAUCCUAAAGUAACUAUCUAUAACUUUGGAUUAGGAAAAGAAAACAGAAAUCUCACGUUUGACCGUAUUGCUGGAGAUGCGACUUCCUUGUUUAUGAAUAACCCAAACUCCCAAACGAAAGAUGCGAAAAAAGAAACGGUGAUCAUACGAGAUGCCAAAGAGUUCUUUAAUAGUUUGGGAGUACAACAAAAGCCACUUGAUCUGUUGACGAUAAACUGCGAGGGUUGUGAGUAUGAACUGCUGGAGUUAAUCAUUGCUGAGGAACUGGCUCAGUACUUCAAACACAUCCAGUUCCAGUUCCACGUGGACCUUCCAGGAAUAGUGCAGCAGGAAUGUCGGUACUGUCAGAUCAUGAAUCUGCUCAAUCGAACACACUCGCCCAUGUUCCAGUUCUCCUACACGUGGCAGGCAUGGCAGCUGUAGUAAUCGUCGAGGUUGAAAUUCUGGAAGCCGAGUUGAUCAUGCAUUGUUUUAAAGACUGGACGCUGGAUUGAUCUCACACCGGUGGGGUACUGGACGCUGGAUUGAUCUCACACCGGUGGAAGUACUGGACGCUGGAUUUAUCACACACCUGGUGGGGUACUGGACACUGGAUUGAUGGUGAACCGAUUUGGAGUAAUGGAAACUGGUUUGAUGACGCACUGUUUUGAGUACUGGAAACUGGGUUCAUCACGCAUUAUAAGGGGUACUGGAAACUGGGUUAAUGACGCACUGUUAUGAGUACUGGAAACUGGGUUCAUCACACAUUAUAAGGGGUACUGGAAACUGGGUUAAUGACGCACUGUUAUGAGUAUUGAAAACUGGGUUGAUCACGCAUUAUAAGGGGUACUGGAAACUGGGUUAAUGACGCACUGUUAUGAGUAUUGGAAACUGGGUUGAUCACGCACUAAUUUUAGUAUUGGAAACUGGGUUGAUUCAACUUUUGAAGAUGUUAUUUUGUUGUAAUUAUUACACGAUUUAUUUGUUUAUUCGUUUAUUUAUAUCAUUACUAUUAUUAUUAGAUACAUCACCCAUUUAUUUGUAAACAAGUGGAUGUUGGUUUUCGCUGGUUGACCGAUUGUUCUAUUGGAUAUCUAAGGUGAAUUUCCUUUUUACAAUGUGUGGAAUUGAUAUUUGAAUUUUGCACGUUGCAUUUAUAAAUAUGACAUUUGAAAAACAAAUAAUUAAAAUUUGAAAUACUGCGUCUGUUGUUACAUAUUUGGAAGGCCAAGAAUCACAAAUUCUUCAGAGCGACUUAUUCGUAUGAAUACUCUUCCAAAAUAUUCGCGACAUAGUUUCAAUUGCCCAAAAUAUACAUUUACUCAUUUCCAAUCUUUAUUUUAUACAGAAAGGUAUUGGUUAUAAUAUUAAUAUUCAUCUUCGAAUCAUCUGAGUUUAGUGCAGUAUUUAUUAGUAACACUUGUAUUUGUAUAUUUUGAAGAACUUCAUGUUUGAGUAAUAUGUGCUAAGACUGUAACUGUUUAUAUGUAUGUAUGUAUAUAAAGAAGCGAAAAUAAAUGUUAAAAU